AUGAAAUUUUUGGACGUGGGCGAGGCUAAGAAGCAGGUCUUGUUUUCACUGCCAACAACUCUUACCAAUGUGAUGUUUAACUUCAUUAUUUUGGCGUCUGUGAUGUUUGCUGGCCACCUUGGUCAGCUUCAACUAGCUGCUGCAAACCUAGCCAUUUCAUGGGCUAAUGCCACCGGCCUUGCUGUUGUGAGUGGCUUAAGUGGAGCUCUUGAGACCCUUUGUGGGCAAGCCUUUGGUGCAAAGCAGUAUGGCAUGUUAGGCCAGUACCUGCAAGCCUCAUGCCUAAUAUCCUUGCUAGCUUCCUUGCUUAUUUCCUCGCUUUGGUUCUUUUCGGAGCCAGUUUUGGUUUCGUUGCUACACCAAGACCCAGAGGCCUCAAAACUCUUGGCGGUCUUUGUGAAGUUGUUCAUUCCUGGGUUGGUUGCGAUUGGAAUCCUCCAAAACGUUCAGAGAUUUCUUCAAACGCAGUCUGCUGUUGUCGUCCCUUUCAUAUUCUCCUUCAUCAGCCUUGCCCUUCACAUAGGCCUCACCUAUUCUCUUGUCCACUUCACUGCUCUGGGCUUCAGAGCUGUUCCACUUGCAGCAUCCAUCUCCCUCUGCUUCUGUCUUCUUAUGUUCGCCGUCUACGUUCUUCGUUCGAAGAAAUUUGAGUCUACAUGGGAAGGUUUCUCCUUGGCAUCACUCAGUCAUGUCCCUGCUGUUUUGAGGCUUGGCCUCCCUGGUGCAGCAGUGGAAUGCUUAGAAGAGUGGACCUUUGAGAUUCUAGUGUUCAUGGCAGGAGCAUUUCCACAUCCAACACAGAGCACAUCCCUACUUGGGAUAUGUGUCAAUGUGGAGUUAAUUGCUUAUAUGGUGUCAUACGGCCUCAGUGCUGCUGUCAGCGCGAGAGUUUCAAACGAACUGGGAGCAGGCAAUCCAGAGAAAGCCAAGAGGGCCAUGACUGUGGCUCUUAAGCUCUCUGGCUUUGUUGCUUUCGUUCUUGGUCUGGCACUGGCAAUCGGCCACAAUUUCUGGGCUGGCUUAUUCAGUGGCAACCCAGAAACAGUAAAAGAAUUUGCAUCCAUGACACCUUUCGUUGCGGUUUCGGUGAUCCUUGAACCUCUACAAGGUGUUGUUUUAGGUGUGGUCACAGGAUGCGGGUGGCAAAAGUUGGCCUGCUAUGUUAAUCUGGCCACAUAUCUGGUUGGCGUGGCUAUUUUCGGCCUUCUUGGGUUCAAGACCAAGCUAAAUGCUAAAGGGUUGUGGAUUGGACUAAUUUGUGGCAUCACUUGUCAAACCAGCAUAAUUUUGCUCAACGUGUUGCUCAAGAAUUGGGGCCCUCGAUCCGAUAUUACCUGA